AACCAAACAACAAAGUCAAAAAUAGAGUGAAGAAUGGAUGUUGCGUCACAUAGAGAUAAUAGAGGUAGAGAUAGAGAUACUACCCCAGAUCUUGCUAAAAUGUGCAGAAUGCAACAGCCAAAGCAGAAGCUUAAGCCCGCCAACACUAACACUAAGAGUAAGAGGGUUCAUGUUGUUUACUACUUAUCCCGUAAUGGCCUUCUAGAGCAUCCCCAUUACGUUGAAAUCACCCUUUUCCCCAAUGACCCUCUCCGUCUGAAAGAUGUGUUCGAGCGGCUCAUAGCGCUGAGAGGAACUCCCCCUCUAUAUAUAAACUUUGCAGAAAGAUUCCAACAGCUACACGUUAGUAGCAGCAACAACAACAACAACAAAAAACAGGCAAUGAAUCCAAAACGCAAGUCGUUCAAUUGCAGCCCCCAUGAGAGUCAUCACAGGCAGAAGGAAAGCAUAGAAUACGAAGAAGAGUACGAGGAACAAGUAGAGGAAGAAGAAGAGUUCUUGCUGGUGGAAGAAAGAGAAGAGGAGAGAGCAAGCUACACUACUAGCUCCACCGCCACACCCCACUCUCGUUGCUCAAGAGGCGUAUCCACCGACGAUGAUCACCAACUACUACUACCCCAAAAGGUGAGUAAACACAAAGAGCCGUUAGAGCAUUCUCAUGAAUCUACCCAUCCACAUGGUUCUUCUUCUUCAACAACAACAACACUAGCUGAGAAACUGAACCAAGAAGUACCUAACAAAUGCUCCAAACGGUUAGAAGAAAAGAACGAGUCAGCGGCAUUGGCACCGAGUCGCAACUCGGUGCUGCUGCAACUGAUAGCGUGUGGAAGCUCGGGUGCGGAUUUCAAGGCCAACGACAACAACAACAACGAGCCAAGGCGCGUGAGCAACGCGGGUUCGAGGAGCGCGUGUUUCGAGAGAGUAACGAAGAAGAGUGUGUCAAACUCUUCUGAUGAGGUUGAGAUGAUAAAGUACGUGUCGGAGAACCCGAGGUUUGGGAAUUUGGUGUCGGAGGAGAAAGAAUACUUCAGUGGUAGCAUUGUUGAAUCCAUCAAGGCCAACCAGACCGGUUCGGAUGUUCAACCGGUUCUCAAGAGGUCUAAUUCCUAUAACCAAGAGAGGAGCAGCAAGUUAGGUAUAGAAGAGAAGUUUAAGGAAGUGGAAGAGGAGAAGAGGGAAGCGAAGGGAGGAGCGAAAGGAAAAUGCAUGCCUCGUAAGAAGUCUUCCAAAGAAAGCAGGAAAUGAUAGUGAUAUUUACAAAGACAAAUGCGAAGGUUUCUGGAAUUAGUACUAAAUAAUUAUAAUAGAGGAUCGGAUUAUCUAUUAUUCGUUGCCUUGUUAGUUAAGUAUAUAAUUACUUUCCAGUUCUAACUAUCCUGUGAUUAUUAAUCUGUUGAUCAUGGAUUUAUGAUGAUACAAAUUAGCUGGUCUUUGUACCGGUUACAGAGUUUACGAA